UGUCGACUUAAGUUUUUUUCGUAAUUCUAAUAAAGGUUAUUUUUUUCUGAGGUUACAGCGUUCAUGCAUUAUAUGUGACAGCGAUGCGAAAGCAAAGGGUGACCGGGGGUGGGGGUCGGACAGCGCAGCUCCCUGGACACUUUCCAUCUUUCAGCCUUUACUUACUCUUUCGGAGUAUAUGCGGAGUACUGCUUUUCAUGCUGUCACAUUACGCGACUGGAUAGAAGAGCACGUUUUGCUUUAAUCUAAUCCAAGUAUAGUUUACAGACUUUACUCUUGUCUGUGGGAAAUACAAAAAUAAGAAUGGUGUGGAAAAAGAAAUGUGGCUUUAAGGUGAGUGGGACGUCGCAAGGCAGAACCAGCAAUGACUGCCAACAAGAGUGCCAAGGCAGCGCCCCAGGAUGGAGGGGGUAAAGUGCCGCGCAACAUCCUGGGCAGGUGUCAGUCGGCAUCUCCGCCCCCCAUCCUCCCUGAACUGAAGGAGCCGGUUCAGCCCCGGAGUGACAGCACUGAGAGCUGCUCGCCGGGCAGCCCCCCCAAGGCGGCCGACGGCCGGGCCUCCAGCCUGCGUGCCUGGGCCGGCAAGACCGUUUGCCCGCACGGCAGCUCCACCCUCAGCACUCAAGAGCGACUUCUGAAGGCGAAGGACGCCUGUGCUCCGGUGGGUGAAGGAGGCGGCGGCCGGGAGCAGAAGGACAACAAGCAGGAGGGCAGCCGGGGUGGAGCAGAGCUGAGCAGCGGCUCGGUGAGCCGCAGCAGCCUGUCGCUCGGUCUGCCCUCAGCACCCGUCCACCACCAGCGCAGCCUGUCACUGGGCCGCUCCAUCACUGGCCUUCACUCUGCUGCCAUUCGUAGUAAAACUUCAGUAUGGGCGCAUCAGACGGUGGUACUUCCUAGGAUGAGCCUGUGUCUGGAGAAGCGGCAGCUGGGCGAGCAGGGGGCGGUGGGGGAAGCAUGCCCAACCAUCCUGUCCUCCUCCUGCGGCAAUAAGACUUUUGACAUCAAAAGCCUGCGGAGGAUGUCCACUCCCUUCUCCGGGUGCUCGUACGCAGAGACGAAGGAGGAUGAGGCCGCUGCUCCGGAACCGAGCUGCCUCAGCCACUUUGAGAAGAGGUCCGGCAGGCCCGAGGCCUCGGGGAUCCUCCUGCGCUCCCUGACCAGCCGCAGGGAGCCGUCGGCCGUGCUCAGCCGCAUACAGAAGAUCGAGCAGGCACUGAAGGAGAACCCCCCAGGGACCGUGCCGCAGUACCCCAGCAGCUGCUACACCUCCGACAGGGUGCGGCAUCGAUCUUUCACGAUAGGCGGGCCCGAGAACGCGGAAACCACACGCCCCAGCAAACGGGCUAGUGUCAGCUCGGUGACAGCAGAGCCAGACUCCGCGCCUGGACCUGACAGGCUGGCGCAGCCCAAGCAGGAACCCAGCCCUGACCUGGCCCGUACCGGGAACACUGAGACACCCUCUGCCAAGACACAGGAAGGCAUGUCGGUUAACCCUGUGCCCAAACCCAAGCGCACCUUCGAGUAUGAGGCUAACCGGAGCCUCAGCACCACAUUAUCAACCAAUGGUCUACCCCCCAGCAGCUGUGCUAAGGCCCCACCCCCUCUUCCCUCCACCUCGCCACCCUGCAGGGCACAAGGCACAGAUGGCAGCCGUAACAGGCGGGCCCAAGGCAGAGAGUCGUGUGAAUCAGAGGACACAGGCAGCCUCUUGUCCUCAUACCCAUCCUCACCCACGGAGAACGGCACCACCUGCCCGGACACCUGCAGCCGACCCGGCUUCAAGAGCGCCACUGAGGAGAACGCCUACGAGGACAUCGUCGAGUCUCACAAAGAAAACCCCUACGAGGAUGUGGACCUGAAGGGCCGAGCGGCUGGCCGAAAGUCAAGGCUGCUGCCGGAGAGGUGCCGAGACCCUCUCAGCGGGACGUGGAUCUCACAGGACAGCACAUUCUGUGCACCUCCUCAGCUACCCUCCAAGCCCAGCAGCCAAUCCCUGCACCUCCCGGGUCCUGUGGACAGGAAGUUGCACCGUCCCUCUCGCCUGUCUAAGCGGCACAGCCAUGACGACGUGCUGCUCCUUCCUCGGCUCAGCUUGUCGUCAUCCUCCAGUGUCCUACUGGACGACGGGUUGAGUGGCACCAGUGACACGCUGUCAUCGCGCCGGUCCAGGAGGGUACCCAAGCUGGUGCAGAGAAUAAAUUCCAUCUACUGCAGUAAAAGAGGGAAGAAGAGGUUAAAACGGAUCUCCUUGUCCAGCAUGGAGAUGUCGUCUUUGAGAGAUGAUAACAGCGAGAGUGAGAGUGACUCUGAUGACCGGUUCAAAGCACAUGCCCAGCGCCUGCAGAAGCUGCAGUCCUUGCUGCGCCGGGCUCCCAGCUACCGCACCCUGGAGCUGCAACUCAUCGAGUGGCAGGAGCGCGAGCUCUUUGAGUACUUUGUGGUGGUGUCCCUGAAGAAGAAGCCCACCAAGACCUCCUACUGCCCGGAGGUCACCUACCAGUUCCCCAAGCUGGAGAGGCCCAGCAAGCAGAUAAGAGAGGCAGAGCAGAGACUCAAGGCCAUCCCCCAGUUCUGCUUCCCAGAUGCCAAGGACUGGAGUCCAGUUUCCCAAUACAGCAGUGAGACCUUUUCCUUCAUGCUGACUGGAGAAGAUGGCAGCAGAAGAUUUGGAUACUGCAGACGCUUACUGCCCAGUGGGAAGGGGCCUCGCCUACCUGAAGUGUACUGCGUCAUCAGUCGGCUGGGCUGUUUCGACUUGUUUUCCAAGAUUCUGGACGAGGUGGAGAGGCGCAGGGGCAUCUCCGCCGCCCUCGUGUACCCCUUCAUGCGGAGCUUAAUGGAGUCUCCCUUUCCUGCCCCUGGAAAGACCAUCAAGGUGAAGACCUUCCUGCCUGGAUCUGGGAACGAGGUGAUAGAGCUGCGAAGGCCUUUCGACUCUCGACUGGAGCAUGUUGACCUGGAGAUCCUUUUCAGCUGCCUGAGCGUGCGACAGGUGCUGGGGGUCUUUGCCUCGCUGCUGCUGGAGCGUCGGGUCAUUUUUAUCGCUGACAAGCUCAGCACACUGUCCAGCUGUGUGCACGCGGUGGCGGCCCUCCUCUACCCCUUCUCCUGGCAGCACACCUUCAUCCCCGUGCUGCCCUCCUCCAUGGUGGACAUCGUGUGCUGCCCCACGCCCUUCCUGGUGGGGCUGCUGUCCAGUUCGCUGCCCAAGCUGAAGGGGCUCCCCGUUGAGGAGGUAUGUGCCCCCUCCCCUGCCCCUCACCUCAUGUUCAUUCAUACAAUAAGCUACAGUCCAGUCUAUUAUGCAAUUACUUAUUCAUUCUGUUUUAAAUAUCGCAUCAUAAACAUGUUCUUCAGUGUUGCAUUAUUCUGCACCUGUGACUGAGCAGGACUUUUCACUCGCACCUCUGUAUGUAACAUUUUCACACCCUGGAGUUUGAGCAAACCUUUUGUUUUUUACUUUGUUUCGAAAAACAUUGUGCUGCACUGGAUUUGUCCCACACAGGAGGGUUUUUUGACUGUUGUCAGCAGCAGAGCUUGUUGUUUUUUUUGUUGUUUUCUCAUAUAACUCCCCAAAUAUAUAUCUAGAUGGUGUUUCUUUAAGCGUUGCUAGGGAGUGAAUAUGAGGCCUUUUACACUGAGCAUCAGUUUGAGUGUCUGUGUUCUCAUUAAGAGUGUAUCUUUAUACCGGAGGCAGAAUACAUUUGAGAAGCUGCACCCACAAGUCAGCUGGUGCUUUUUCCUGGAUGUUCGUUGUUCAUUAGCUGCUGUCUGACACACCAUCGGCAGGGACAAAUUCACUUCUACUUUCUUUUCUGCUACAGCAGCAAAUGUGCUUUUCUGGUGGUUUCUGGUGAUGAGUAAACAAUCUUUAGCCUGUAAUUUGAAGGCUGUGAUUCAUUCUGAGUUUAUUCUUUUUCAGUUUGAAGACUUAAUAGUUUGAAAUCAUGGGUAAUGUUAGCACGCUAACUUUUCAUCAUGAAAUUGCAGCAACUAAUGGACAUGAAGCUGAUAUAAGCUCUUUCUGUAUUUCUGUGUUACUUCCAUGUCAGUAAAUGUUGCUCUGUUUGAUGUGUAGCUCACAUUCCUCUGUCUCCUGAUCUUGAUUUGGUUAUUUAAUGUGAAAGGCACAGAGUAAGAUUAAAGAUAGUGUUCCUGUGUUUUCACACUGUCACCACUAGAGGGGUCACCUGAUUAUGAAUAGCCAUUAGCAGGACAUGAGCGACAUUGAGUUGCAGUUUGAAUGCAUAAAUCAUGUAUAUGGAGGAAGUUGCUGCCUUUGGUAUGCUGUCAAGUGUGCUGAAUUCAGCAGCAGAGAGAUUACAUAUGUAUUGCACAGAAGCAGUGCUGUUUGUUUACCACAGGAGAGACCUUUAAUUAGUUUUUAAUUUGAUUGCUCUGGUACAAGGCAUGCUCUCUGUUAGACCAAAAGCAGAGUGGAUGGAGUUUAUUUUACAUCCAUCCAUACAACUUCCAUGACCACUCAUGCAGUACAGGGUCACUACAAGCCUGGAGCCUAUCCCAGGCAGCACCCU